CAUUGGUUAAUAAAUUGAUAUUGACAAUUUCUGAGAAAACCUCGUAGAUUCAAAAAAUUUGAUAAGACCAAAUUAUAAUAACAUAGUAGUUAUAAGGUGCCUAAAAAAAUUGAAUUAUUCAAUUUAGACAUAACAGACCGUAAAAAUAGUUCUCCGUUUUUAUUAUCAACAUAAAGAAAAUAAAAAAUAGUAAAAUGGAAAAAACAAGUAUAUCACUAAACUUGCUUAGAAUCUUAUCUCAACUAUAUCCUACUAAAAACGAAAAUGAAAUUUUGGAUGUUAUUUCAAAACCUCCGAAAAAUACUGUACUGAGAGUAAAUACUCUGAAAGUAACUUUGGAUGAAGCAAUAAUUGUUUUGAAUAAUUUUUUAAAGGAUUCAUCAGAAUCAUUGGGAUUUUCUGUUUCAAAGCAUCGAUUAUUUAGUGAUGUAUUGUUUGUAUCAUCAUCUGAAGUGAAAGACCAUUUAGCUAUAUACAAUAAAGAAGUUAUUGUUGAUGUACACUGUGGUGCUGCUGUUUUAAGAGGAGCUCAUGUUUUUGCUCCUGGUGUAUUGGCGGCAUCUGCAGAUAUGAAGCAAGGUGAUAUGGUAUCAGUUUAUGCUGAUGUAGAUCAUAAGUGCAGGCGUGGUUACACAAAAGUUUUUACCGGCAGAAAGUUUUUUAUUGGUAAUGGUCUAGCUGAAUUUAAUCGUGAUACUCUCUUUGAACAUAAUGCAAAAAUAAUAGGUGUUGCAGUUAAAAUGCUUUCGAUGAAAAUACCUCAACCAAGCUUUUCUAAACUUAAUCUCGAGUUAUUUUUUCCACAAAACUUACCAUCAAUACUAGUUGGCCAUAUAUGCAAUCCACAAGAUGGUGAUCUUAUUCUGGAUAUGUGUGCUUCUCCAGGUGGAAAAACCUCGCAUGUUGCUGUACUGAUGAAAAAUCAGGGAACAAUUAUUGCAAUCGAUAAAUCAGAGAAAAAGAUUUCAAAGAUAACAGAAAACUGUGUGAUAAUGGGUUUAACAAAUGUAAAAUGUUUUGCUUAUGAUAGUUCAAAGUUGUGUUGCCAUGAGGCUUGUGAUAAUUCAAAGUUAUCUUUUGAUGAACAAAAUAAAAAUGAUUUAAAGCCUCCAUUUCCACCUUGUUUUUUCGAUAAGAUACUUCUAGAUCCUCCAUGCAGUGGAAUUGGACAAAGACCCCAACUUCGAUCUGUUUUAACUGAUAAAGAGUUGCAAUCAUACCCAAUAUAUCAAAAAAAGCUAUUUCAACAGGCAGUGUCACUUUUAAAACCAGGUGGGCGCCUUAUUUAUUCAACUUGUACUCUUCUGCCUCAGGAAAAUGAAGAGCAAAUAUCCUGGGCUUUAAAAACAUUCAAAGAAUUGAAGUUAUUAAAGCAGGAUAUAAUCAUUGGAAGACCAGGUCUCAACAACUACGGGUUAUCCCCUGAAGAAUGCGAUAAAGUUCAAAGAUUCGAUCAAUGUUAUUUGAAUUCCCUAGAAAAUGAUUUAUAUAGAAGUCUUGAGUUUGAUACAAUAGGCUUUUUUAUUGCUUGUCUAACUAAAAUCAAAUAUUAAUUUUAAUUAGUUUUGAUUUAUCUAA